GAAGGGGAAUCGCCCAUGCGGUUACAUGAUUUAGAAAAUGAUUUUCGCUAUUGUUUUCAGUUGAUGAAAAACGCUCGCUCGAAACGGUUUGCAAACGCGGAGAUCUCUCGUAUACCUUGUUGGAACGAACGCCUCAGGAGGCAGAAGAACUUUGGAACCUCUUUCAGGAGGUACCCUGAACUGUGUGUGUAGUCACGAUGAUCCAUGAAAAGUGAAAAAGGGGAUUCGUUCGGUGUUUGAGGAACCGAUCGGUGUGAAUUAAUUGGGUGAAAUUGAACAUCUCAUUCGAAGAAAAUAGAUGGAAAUAUAUGCAAAAUCUAUGCAAAUGAUGUGAAAGGAUAAUUGAAAGUGAAUCAUAAUUGAUUUUAGUUUUAAGACAAAGAAGAAACCAAAUAUUUGAAAAAAAAAACUCGCAGAGAAGAAAAUUUUAAUGUUUUGUGAUUUACUGGAUUUCAUUUGCACGUCGAAGCAGUCUACCAAGUCGCCGAAGGAAGACCAGCACCGCCAGCAGAAGCAGCUGCUAGAGCAGCAAGGAGAGGCAGCAAGGGAAGGACAGAACGAAUCCCAUCACUGUCAGCAGCCAAUCACGAAUCGUCAUGGAUUACAUCGGAUAUACAAUGAACAUUUGUUUAAUUCUUUUCAUGAUUUCCGUUACCGGCAGCCACUGCCAGUAUUACAGCAACCGUGAUAUCAUUCUGACGCCACACCAGCUGAAGACCUAUCCGGGCAAGAUUUUGUACUACCGACCCCACGAGCUGCCGACCGGUCCGGGGGUUUUGGACAAUGUCGCUCCUGCACAGCAGGGAACCGGCCCCGCCGUCGCCACCAGUACCGCCGUGCCCUGGGAAGAGGUGCUGAAGGAAACCGUCUUCCUGGCGCUGAAUGAUAAUAAAACGAGCGCCAAAUCAGCUGAUGGCACGACCACCAAUCAACCAUUGUACAUUGCGCGGCAGCAAAAAGCCAUUUACGGGGCGCCCUACAUCGGUUCCGUAGACUUGAGCGUGCCUCGAUUUGGAGAUAUUGUGGAACUUGCCCACGGCCGACUGGAGCAAGAACACGACGAAUCGUAUUUGUUCGUACAGGAUGAUGCCAACAUUCCGGCAGAUAAUGGACGCAAUGUGAGUGCCUACUGGAAAGUUGAACGAAUUCGACAUAGGGACGAACAACGAGGACAUCGGUAUGAGCUGAAGUUCACGGUGACUCCAGUUCGCGAUUUGCAAUUGGACGAAAACGCUGUUGUCAAUAGAAGCUUCAUCGUACGUGAUGAGGAUUAUCCCAGAUAUUUCGGAAUGGCAUCGCCAAACUCGAUACCCAUGAUGAAAAAGAACGAUCAAUAUUUCGAACGAGCUGUGUUCGACCCAUUGUUCCCUCCGUACCAUUCAUCUUUCACGAGUAACAGAUAUACCCGACCAACUCCAGCGACCAUGACAUUAGGGGAGUUUUUACUUCAAUCUCUGUUGUCGGGAGGAGAAACUACUAUCAAAUCUCAGACUCAUCCGCAUUACGCUCCCAACUCAUACCGGUUUGGAUCAGGCUUCAACAGGAUUAAGUUUCCUGACGCUUUCACUACGUCAAGCCAAUCUGUACCCAAAUACUACCAUCAUAUACAUUUCCAACGCCCUUCGAUUGCCCCGUUGGCACCAACAGCUCCACCAAUGCCUCCAUUAAUCAAGGAAGUUCAAACUGCUUCCAGCAACCUUCAGCAGGAUUAUGCUAAGCUGGUCGAUUUCCGUGGAGGAAUUGAAAACGCAGACUCGAAGCCGAGUGCCGACAACAACCUCCCGGUUCAACAACCUCAAUCAGUUCCUCAAAGUCACAGAUAUCCGCCACUAAUGAUGCCUCUGCAGCCAACGCACAUCCAUCACUAUCAUCACCACCAACAAGGAAUGCAACAACAACCCCAAAUGGCACAACCACAGCCUCAGCAGCCUCUAAUUCUUAGUCAACCACCGAAUAACAAUCCACCUCCUCUACAACCUCUUCCUCAAAACCUUGUCCAAUCGAUCCCAGUUUUCAAUCCACAAGGGCAGGUUAUGUUGAACCACAUUCCGAUCGCUCCUAGUCACAUGAUCCAGGUAGCUGCCCCACAAGGCCCCGUAGCUUUUCCAGUACACUUCCAGCUAGUACCUUCGCAAGGUCAAGUCUAUGCUCCACAACAACCCGGUGUGAAUGCAAUACCUAUUCGCAUCAUGCAGCCAGCUCCGGUCCACAUCUAUCCGGUCAAUCCUUAUAUGCCACCGCAAAACCAUCCAGAUUACACCACAACUAGACAUCCUAAUCAAAGCCACCACUAUCCACACCACCCGAAUAGCAUUCCCACCACGCUUAAAUUCACCAGCUACAAAUACACUCCACAACCUUCAACCAGUCCCUAUGCUAGUCCAACUGUUGCAAACUACCGUUAUUCAUCCCUACCGACAAUCCAAGCUUCUCCAGCCGGUCAACGAGAAAGAUUCACCGCUUCUAGCUUUCGACCUGUAUCCAGCACUCCUGUCUUACCGCACCACAAACUGGAACCGGAGACUGCCGGCAGUUCCCCCAUUGACUCCUCAUCACCAAAAUUCCAGUCAUUUGGAAUAGAAAACGCAGUCACACCAAAGAGCACAACAGUUGUCCCUAUCGCAACGGUCGGAGAUCAAAACUUUACUCCAUCUAUAGCUCAUACAUCCGUUCAUGGCUUCUUCAGUAACUUCCUUGAUGAAAAAGGAACUGUCAGUGAAAGUGGAAAACUCUACUCUGAACCGGAUCCACUAUAUCAUAAAAGCGUAGGAACAACCCCCAUAACCUUUACCACGCCACUCUCCCCGGUAUCUCCUUCAGGAGCUUUUACCCAUACAUCUGGACCAAACUUUACCCCAAAAUUCACUCUGAAUCCACAGUCCUACAAAGGGGUUCCAUCUCCAACAAUCGUUCCUCCACAAAUAGAAACACCUAUCUCAUCUACCCUGAAGAGCUAUCAUUACUUGGCUCACCACGAUAGUUUCGAUUUCGUCCCAUCCAGGGUGGUAGAACUAGCACAUGUUAAGAAAAUUCCCAAGAAAUCCGGAGGCAAACGAAAAGCCCAAGCCAAUAUGGCUACCCAUCACCAUGUAACCGUGACCAGCCACAAGCCACUCAAAUUCAGUGAAGCGCCAGAUUACGCCACGCGACGUCCAGAGUCUCAACUGAGUGUUCAACUUCCUCCACCGGAAAAGGACUUCAACACCUACUAUGGCACAGCCAAACAAAAUCACAAGGUCCAAAAACCCAAGAACUUCGUUACACAACCUUACUCGAGUUCAACGACUCCCUUCCCAACCUCACUAACCACUCCAUCCUCCUCAUCAACUGCAAGCACUACCCCAAUUCCAGCAACCACAACCCCUAGUGGAUCCACAACAGCCACCACUGAAAAGCCAUUCACCCAAUUCCAACCAUUCUUCAAAAACAAGAACGAGAAAUCCGACGAUAUCAUCACCACUAUGCGACCUCGUCUAGUCAUCAAAACUGUCUACAAACCUUAUCCUAGCUCAUCGUCUACAAACUCAGCAAGUGCCGGUUCAACGGAAAAACCCGUUCUCAAAUGGAUCCCAAAACGUCCACGGAACAAAAGCAACACCAGCGCUGAACCCUCCUCAAGCUCCACAUCAUCCUCGGCCAGCAUCGAGCAAGUGUCCGCCUCUUCUGAGCACUCCACCAUUGAACCCAUCCCAGCAAACAAUUCCCUUCCUCCGACCUCCUCCGGAACCGCACGCUCAAGUCUCGAAAAUCAAAUGAACCGACUUCGGGCGUCUCGAGGCCGCUCCCGCUACACUCACCGUCGCGUCACCACUCCUGGAACCCCAUCCGCUUCUCAACACCCCAUCGCUAAGGUCCACCGUAUCCGUACCAGUCCUUCUACAUCCACAUCCACCUCCACCAUCAAACCCAUCUCCGGUGUUACUUCGUCUACCUUCGACAGCAAUCGACUAUCGGACAAUCGUCCUCCAACCGAUACCGAAGUGAAUCAACCCGAAGAAGCACCCGUCGCUCCUCUCAGCCUCAAAAACGCUAUCAACGAGAAAUCAAAGCGGGACACCGCCACUGAAGAAAACGAAAUCCUCGUUGCCGAACCGCUAACCUCGAAACUGUCCAACUCCAAGGAAAACAGCUACGAAAUGGUCAAGGCCGAAAUCAAGCCCGUGCUGACAAACGCCACCAACAUUCUACUGUUCGAAGCCAGCGAUGCCAGCGUGGGUCCAACGGGAGGAUCCUCACUGCCGACCUUCAACGAGUUGACCAUGUCGAUCAUCAACCACGCAAGGGCGAUCGCCAACCAGACGGCCAAACCGGAAGAUCUACACGAUAAAACGCUGCAGUCUAACGAAAUCAGCCACAAGGACGAGCAAACGACGAUUCCGAUGAGUGCGACUACGAUGGUUGCCAGUACGAACGAACCGGCGACCAUUAGCGGCGAACAGACGGCCACAACGCAUGACGGAGACAGUAACGACGGAACUGAUGCGACCGGAAGCAGUAGGAGCGAAACGACUGUUAGUGUAGACAAUUAGAAACGGAAGGAUGCGAGUGAGUGUGUGUGAUUUAGCGAAAGAACGAGAUAUUAGAUAGAGUUUAAGCAAGUGACACCAAAUAAGUUCUGAUAAGUAAUUUAUAACUAUUUAUACAUAAUAAAGUACUGAACCGAGACCAUGAGUGGGUUGAGAAAGAACCAAGAACUGAGAGAACCGCUGGAAUAAAACCGAUUUACAGAUGCGACGCGAUUCCAAUACAGCGACCAGCUUUUAUAAAACAUGGUAUGCAUUAAACAACGAAGCUAUGCCACAGAGCUGCUGAAACACCAAUGGAAAGAAAAUUAGUUAUUUUGUUUAUGUCAAAAUAAAACAGUAAUUUAUGAUUUCUA